AUGAAUGAAAACAAAACCCCUACUAGCAUCGGACAGAUAUUCGACAUUGUCGAAAUCCUCGACUUGGUCGGACUCUUUCUUUCGCCGCCGGACCUCCUCAACUGUUGUCAAGUCUCCCAUCACUGGAACAUCCUCCUCACUCCUCGACUGUGGGAGACCAUCGAUGACUCUCGACACUCUUGGUCCAAAAUCCUGGAACACUACGACGCCGAUGAGGGCAAGGCAGCGGGUCACGACGAGCUUUGGGCUCGAAGAAUUUUCGCAAAGUAUGGACGACAUAUCAGGAACUUGUCCCUCAGCUGGCGAAUCCUUAUCGACGCUGCCAACGAUGCGCUCUGCAGCAACCUUCGGUCAUUCCACAUCACAAACGUACGCGACAAGUUGACACGAAAGGAAAAGCUGGAAAAGAAGCUGGAAAAGGAGCUGGCAAACCAACAAGCCCAAACCAACGACCCAUGGCGUCCAGCUGUCACAGGCCCGCUCCUUUCACCUGAGUUUGAGGGAGCGCUUCAACCAAGCGACGUCGCAUACAGGCCCAAAGACUUGCAGGAACGGGACUGGAUCACGGCCCAGAACUUUUGGAUCCUGACACGGCGCAACACACGACUUUUAUCGUUGACACUGAGCCACGGCCUUCGUGAGCUUUGCGAGGUCGUAUCGGACGAUUAUAUUCAGGAUGUAGUGGCCGGCCUACUAGAGCUACGGUAUCUGGUGAAUAGUUUUGAGUUCGGCGACCCAUAUGUCCUGAUAACUCGACUCCGCCAUCUGGACACCCUUUGUACAGCAAAGUGGAGUCAACUGGAGCCAUCAAGUACCGUCGGAAACCUCAAGACGCUGACGAUACAGGAGCGGAUCACCACUCGCGAACUUGUCGUCUUGCUCAGACACCUCCCUAGUCUGGAAAGUCUGUCAGUCAGGUCUUUGACCAGGCUCACCGAAGAGGAAGCAGCAACAGCAGCAACUAUCAAGGACAGUAUCCCUAGUCAACUUCGACGGCUUUUCUUUUCGGGAUUCGAGCGAGCAAGCCAUAUAGGCAACGACUCUAGGCUGGCGGAUGCGGUCCUUCCCUGGAUGCCCUACCUGGAGCAUAUCGAGUUCUACCAUGUCAUCCGAGAGAGUGCCUUCUCUAUUCUCAGGCAUUGCAGGCAGCUCAGGUCUAUUGUGCAGACCAAGGAUCACUUUUCAUUGUUUGCCAAACUCGGAAAGGAUGCUGGACUUCAGUACAAGACAUUUGCCGAGUUUCUGUGCGACGGCGCCCACCUCCGCAUCUUAUCUGGACCCCGUCAGGUGGUAGAUGUCGACGACAUUGUCGAACAUCCGUGGACUUGCGACCAUUUAGAGUCUUUCCACUGUCAGGUAGGCCGAGUGGAGCGACUGCUUGAGAAGGAAGAGGACAUCUUGGAUAGACUGUCAAGCAAAGACCAUGACGCAAGGCUCUCGGCUGAGGAGCAAGAAGUGGCACAAAAGUACGCUCAGUCUGUUAAUCAGCAUCGUCACGUCUAUGAGCGACUGGCUUCCCUCACACACCUGACGAGACUGGAUCUCAGCUACGAGCUGAGAACUGUGAGGCUCGCCUAUGAGGACAGGCACAUCAAGUCUACUCAGUCUACCAGAGACCGCACGCUUAUGCUUGAUUGCCUGGAGCUUACUCUCAAGUCCGGUCUUAGUCUUUUGGCACCGUUGGUCAACCUGGAGAUGUUUGGGUUCUUGGGGAUUGACCAUAGGAUUGACAAGCCUGAGCUGGAGUGGAUGGCGGCCAGUUGGCGACGAUUGAAGACCAUGCGUGGGCUGACAGACGACCACGAACCCCAGUCGGCACAUGACAGGAGGAAAUCUGCGCUGAGGGUGUACAUGAUGCAGCUGCGGCCCGAUGUUAUUCACGAAUCCAUUAUUCCUGCGCACGACUAG